AUGGCAGAGCCUUCUUCAGGCUGGUGGAAAAUGACUUUCCUGAGGAGAAAAAAGUCCCAGCCCAAGGUUCUGUAUGAAAUCCCAGCAGAGAUUGUUUCCAAUGCCACCACUGAUCAACACAGGUCAGGGCCAACAACCGGAGCUGCUGCCCAUGCAGAGGACGUGGACCUUGACUCCCAGCUGGAUGCCCGCCUGGAAAGGAUUGUGGAUAAAACAACGGCCAGCAAAGGCCGCCACAUCAAAGUGUCCCACUCUGGAAGGUUUAAAGAGAAGAAGAAAGUGCGAGCCACACUGACAGAGAAUCCAGACAUGUUUCCAGGAGGCGACCCUGCAAAGGAUGAGAACCAGAGGGCUGCAAAGUGA